AUGUCAGCGACAACGGUGCUCCCCACCGUGCAAAUCAAUGUCAAUUACAAUGAGCUCAAAACGCUGAUUCGUGAUUUCUUCACUCAUUUCAAGGCCUCCUCCGAUGUCGAUCUCGAUGUGGAACCUGAGUUGCAGGAGCUGGGUAUCAAAUACUUGGAUUUGUUGCAAAAAGUUGCCAACAGAGACAUCUCCACUCUCUACGUGGAUUUGGACGAUAUCAAGGCGUACCAGGAAAACCAGUUUUUCUCGUCUCAGCCCUCGCAAUUGGGCCUGAUGGACUUGGUCAACCAGAUCCAGAAGAAUACGUACCACUUCACCGAGCUUUUCUCCUCAGUCGUGGACGAGUUGAUGCCUGAGCCAACCAAGGAUGUCUCCUACAAGGACGACGUCUUGGACGUGAUCUUGCACCAGAGAAAGUUGAGAAACUUGCGUGUUUCUCAGGAGAACACCGAUGAGCUCAACUCUUUAAACGCGGGCUUGUCUCAGCAGACCAACACAGACUGGCAGAACUCUCAACAGCUGGGCGGCUUGUUGCAGGAGAACAUGUUCCCACCCAAGUUGACCAGACGUUACCAUUUGUACUUCAAGCCUGUGACUGGUAGAACCAAGGCUUUGGCUGUGAGAGAUGUCAAGGGCAGCCACGUUGGUAAGAUGAUCACCGUCAGAGGUAUCGUCACCAGAGUCACCGACGUGAAACCUUCCGUGCUUGUGAAUGCCUACACUUGUGACAAGUGUGGCUACGAGAUUUUCCAGGAGGUCAACUCCAAGGUUUUCCAGCCUUUGACUGAGUGUACCUCCGAAGUGUGCAAAACAGACAACCAGAGAGGCCAAUUGUUCAUGCUGACGCGGGCGUCCAAGUUCCUGUCUUUCCAGGAGGUCAAGAUCCAGGAGAUGGCUUCCCAGGUCCCCGUGGGCCAUAUUCCCAGAACACUUACCAUCCAUGUCAAUGGUGAUUUGGUCAGACUGAUGAACCCAGGUGACAUUGUUGAUGUUUCUGGUAUUUUCUUGCCUUCUCCAUACACUGGUUUCAGAGCACUCAAGGCCGGUCUUUUGACCGAAACCUACUUGGAGGCUCAGUUUGUCCAGCAGCACAAGAAACAGUACGAGUCUCUCGAGAUCACGCCAGAAAUCAGAGAACAGAUGAUGGCUUUGAACCGUGAGGGUAACGGAACCAUCUACAGGCGUUUGGCCCAGUCCAUAGCUCCAGAGAUCUACGGUCACUUGGAUGUGAAGAAGAUCUUACUUUUGCUUCUCUGUGGUGGUGUCACCAAGGAGAUUGGCGACGGUAUGAGAAUUCGUGGUGACAUCAACGUGUGUCUUAUGGGUGACCCUGGUGUGGCCAAGUCUCAGUUGCUUAAAUCCAUUAACAAAAUUGCCCCAAGAUCCGUCUACACAACCGGUCGUGGUUCUUCCGGUGUUGGUUUGACUGCUGCCGUGAUGAGAGACCCUGUCACCGACGAGAUGGUGCUUGAAGGUGGUGCCUUGGUGCUUGCAGACAAUGGUAUCUGUUGCAUUGAUGAGUUCGACAAGAUGGAAGAGGGUGACAGAACAGCUAUCCAUGAGGUGAUGGAACAACAGACCAUCUCCAUCUCGAAGGCCGGUAUCAACACCACAUUGAACGCCCGUACCUCCAUUUUGGCCGCUGCUAACCCUUUGUACGGUCGUUACAACCCUCGCUUAUCACCCCACGAGAACAUCAACUUGCCAGCUGCGCUCUUGUCUCGUUUUGAUAUCAUGUUCUUGAUCUUGGACCAGGCGUCUGAGGAGAACGACGAGCAGCUUGCAGAGCACGUCACCUACGUUCACAGAGAAGGUAAGCAGCCUGAGAUGGACUUCACGCCGUUGGACCCUCAUACCAUCAGACAGUACAUCUCUGUUGCCAGAACCUUCCGCCCCGUCGUCCCCAAAGAGGUCGGUGACCACGUGGUUCAGCUGUACAUCAGAAUGAGAAAAGAGGCCCAGAGAAAUGAAGGGUCCGUCAAGAAAUUUGCACACAUCACACCUAGAACGUUGUUGGGUAUCUUGCGUAUCUCGCAGGCGCUUGCAAGAAUCCGUUUCGACAACGUGGUGAGACCUACAGAUGUGGACGAGGCACUUAGACUCUUGAAGGUGUCGAAAUCCUCGAUGGACUCGAACGAUGACGUGGAGAGAGAAGACGUGACCACCAGAAUCAUGGGCAGCAUCCGUCGCUUCAUCAGAGAGAAUGAUGCCGACAACAACACCAUCAACGUGGUUGAAUUGUACACCAGAUUGGCUGGCAUGGGCUACACGCAAGAGCAGAUUGACCUGUGCAUCAACGAGUAUGCACACCUUGGUGUGGUGCAGCUUGUGGACGACCGUGAGUCGUUAUUGAUUGUGGACUAA